AUAGGAAGGAUAAACAAAAUCAAAUCAAACACACAAUGGGAAAGAUGUAAAAACUAAUUUUAACAUAAUCAGUUAUAUAAAUUUCAUUGAAGAUACAUAUACUAUAAUCAAAAACCAUUUACUUUCUAAAAAAAAUUUUGCAUGAGUGAAAUAUGAUGGAAUCUCGGCGGCGUUUUGAUUUUGACGAUGCGCCUAUAGAACAAAAAAAUUUGCCAUCAAAUCCGAGUGAAAAUGUUGAAAAUAUUUUAAAGUGUGAAACACAACGUGAACGUAUUAGACGACUAUUUAAAUCAAAUUUAUUUCUUGGUUUCGCUACAAUUAUAUUAUUUUGUCUAUUUAUUAUUAUUACUACUCUUUGCAUUGCUUUAUUGGUUCGAUAUGAAAUCGAAAAUGAGUCGGUAAAAACCGUGCCACUUUGGAGAGCUGAUUUGCCAGACGAACAAAAAUUUUGGUUUGACAAAGGUAUUGAAGAAUUGAAAACAGCUCUUAAUGUUAAAUUAAAUAUGAAAAGGGCAAAAAAUGUAAUAAUAUUUGUUGGAGAUGGUAUGGGUCCUAAUACUGUAACAGCCUCAAGGAUUUAUGGUUUUAAGGAGAACGGCUUACUAACAUGGGAAAAAUUUCCACAUAUGGGAAUGCUUAAGACAUAUUGCGCAGAUAAGCAAGUACCAGAUUCGUUUUCAACAGCAACAGCACUAUUUGGUGGAGUAAAAACUAAUUACGAAACUGGUGGUGUAGACUCAACUGUUAAAUUAAGUAACUGCACAGCUUCACUAGACCCGAAUCAUCAUGUAGAUAGUAUUAUAAAAUGGGCUCAGGAAGAUGGAAUUAAAACUGGCAUUGUUACAACAACACGAUUAACGCACGCCACUCCCGCAUCAUUAUACGCUAAUGUUCCGGAUCGAAGAUGGGAGUGUGAAGCAACAAUGCCGGAACAUUCAAAACAAGAUGGUUGUAAAGACAUUGCAAGAAUAUUAAUUGAAAGUGAAGUCGCUGAAAAUAUAAAUGUGUUAAUGGGUGGAGGAAGGCAGUGCCUCGUGUCAGGGACAAAAGGUUCUAAAGCAGAUCCAAUUGAUUCUUGGGCAUGUCAAUCCAAAGACGGAAGGGAUUUAAUUAAAGAAUGGAAAAAGAAAAAAGAAGAUGCUGGCCACAUUUUCGCAGUGUUAAGUAACAAUAGUGAUUUAAAUUCUUUCGAUACUUUUAAUACAGACUUUGUUUUAGGUGUAUUCGCUAAUGGUCAUUUGAAAUAUGACCAUGAAAGGGACACUGGCCCCGCUGGUAUGCCAUCACUGGCAAAUAUGACAUUGAAAGCGAUUGAGGUUUUAAAAAGUAAAGAAAAAGGAUUUCUGCUGAUAGUAGAAGGUGGAAUGAUAGAUCAAGCUCAUCAUAGGGGUAUUGCUCGAAAGGCUCUUUCAGAAACUUUAGCAUUAAAUGAUGCUGUUAACGCUAGCCUCAAUGCAAUGAAAGAUGAGUUAGAUGAAACCUUAUUUAUAGUAACAGCCGAUCAUUCACACACUUUAACGAUAAAUGGUUACCCAAAACAUGGCAGCAACAUUUUAGGCAUAGGAUUUAAAUCAAAAGUUGAUGGAAUUCCGUACACCACAUUGACGUAUGGUACAAGUUAUUCUGGCUAUCAAGUAGAAAUUGAUAAUGAAAAUGGCAGGCCAAAAAGGAAGGACCCCAGUCGUGAAGACACUACAACAUUUGAUUAUAUCCAACAAUCAGCAAUUUUAACUGACGAAAAUACACAUGGGGGUUCGGAUGUUACAAUUCAUGCUUUGGGUCCAAUGGCUCAUUUAUUUCAUCGAAUUCAUGAGAAUACCUACGUAGCACAUGUUGUAAGUUACGCUUUAAGAAUAGGAAGGUUCAGAGAUAGUUCUAUAGUAGAAUCCUUAGCCAAUUUGUUUUAACAUUUAAAUGUGUUAUGCACAAACAUAUUUUAUGAUUUGUAGAUUUUAUAUAAAGAAUCUUUUGCAAAUUAUAACAAAACUAUGUACAUUGUUUAAAAAUAUUUAUAGUAUUUUAAAAAUAAAAAUUAAUAAGAUUUUAUGAUCAA